AUGGAAAGAGGAGUCACAGGCUACUUAAAGAAGUGGCUCAGAGUUACACGAUGCCUUACCACCAUAGGCCUCUAUGGAGAUCCUGUCCUCAAGCUGCCCCUCACCAGUCUAACAGAGGAAUUCAAGUGUGCAAAAACCAGGCUCCAGAUGACACUGAAUGAAUCUCGAGACCCAGUGGUGAGCAACAACGCGCCGACCUUGGCAACUGGGCGCAAAUGGAGGCCAGGAAAAGCAGUCCAGGAGGCAACAGCAGCCCUCAGACAUGCUGACAUUGUGGGCCAUGUUCAGCAAGGGAGAGGAGGCCUUGGGCUAACUAGCCGUGCUGCUUGGAGUAAGGCCACUGCACCAGAGCGGCGGAAGAUGGUAGUGCAGGAACGCACUGCCCAGACUUGCCAAGAUCUGAGCUUCGUAGGGGGCCAACUCUACGACUGCCCUUACCCCGCCCCAACGUUAGCAGACAGUGUUGAUGUUUCCACGGUGACUAUGGCCUCCUUUUGGGCUGCUGGUUCCCCGGACAACACAGCCUGCCAGCAGGAGUCCACACAGCGGGAACUCCUCUCCCGCUUGGACUGUGGGACCUCUCCACCUGACCCCAACUGGAAUGACUACCUGUCGCCACAUUUGCAGAGAAACAAGCAGCUUCAAGACACAUUGAUACAAAGAGAGGAGGAACUGGCAAGACUGCAAGAGGAAAAUAACAAUCUAAAAGAAUUCUUAAACUCCUCAUGUGUGAAAGCCUUGGAGGAAAAAACUAAGAGCCUUCUCUCUGCUCAGAGUGGCGAUGGGAGGAGGAACCGGAAGCGGAAUUCUGAAAUCCAGAAUCUGCAUGGUGUUGGAGAAUUCCAGAACCUCAGUGCCAGUCAGCUGCUCCUUGGUUCUCAGGUGAAACGGACCUGCCGGAACUUGUCCCUGGAGUUUUGUCCCGAAGAGGAGCUAGCAUGUACAGAUUCUGUGGACCUGUGGAUCUUGCAGACCUUGGGCCUGAAGGAUGAUGACACCAUCGAUACAUCAUCCACUGAAUACAGCUUCAACUGCUCCAUUAGCUCCCUCACCAAAUGCAGCUCUGUCACAGACACCUCUGGUGACUACUGCCAAACAACCGAUCACAAAAAUACAGCCUAUGACUCAAAUACUGAUGGCCUGUGCAAUGGUGCCAGUAUAGUACUAUCCAAUGAUUACUGCUUUAACACCAACAAUGACUACAGUCUCUCUACAGACUCAGGCUCUGACUUCACUGGAACUGUGCUGUCUGGCCUAUACAGCCCUAGCAUAGAAGUCCUCCCCAAUUUCCACGUCACCCCUUAUGAACCCCCACUGCCCCAAUCGGUCAACACUCUCUCACCACCUGAUCCAAUACAGUCAUUCAGGCCCAUCUCAGCCACCUCACCCAACCUGUCUCAAGACAGCAGUCCCGGGCUGCACCACACUCCCAGCCUGCACUGCCGUAGCCUCUCCAAUCCCAUAGGGGGUGACGUGAUGAAUACCCCAUUGUCUACCCCACGUAACCAGACAGAGCUGGCCUUCAGCGUGUCCCUAAACCCUUCCAGCAGCGUCAGACUCAAGACACACAGCUUUCCUCAGGGACAGGCCUUUGUCCGCAAGAACACCCAGGGAGGCUGGAACUUUACCUGGGUCCCCAAACAAGGCCCGUAA